GGAACGGGCGCGGAACCGGGCGGCGCGCCUUAGGGGCGGCAGUAUUUAAACUCUGAUCCGCUGAGGAUCCCGCUCCGUGCCUAGGCCGAGCCGAGAUAUCAGCACACUGGCAGGGCCAGGGGUAGGUCCAAGGAGGAUGACUGCGGUUAGAUGAGGCCAUUAACGCCUGUUAGUAACUUCGUGUCCUUUACUGAAACACCAAGAGGAUACAUAGAGAGAGAGAGAGAAAAGCCUGUUAAAAAGGCUGUCAUCAGCCGGAACGCCUGUCUCAUUAAAUACCAAGAAAUUCAAGCAUGAGACAGAAAUUGGUAAGCUCAGUGGCUCGCGGUACUUCUUGUUUCCACCAGCGGAGCGUAAUUCUAGAAUUAAACCAGGGUUCGGAGUUCACUAAUGACAAACAGGGGCAGCGAGUGCGAGGCAGGCGCUUCUCUUCCGUAACAGGCUGUUGCUAGAGGGCUGCCUCGGUGCCGGAGGAAGCACCUGGCCUUUUCCGCGCCGCUGGGAGUGUAAGAUGGCGCCGUGACAGAAGAGAAAACGUCUUCUCGGCCAUCUCGUGAAGGUGAAGAACAUCACGGCCCUGCUCGGUGGCGCGGAGGGACAAGCAGAGCUGCCGCGGCUCUGCCGGGGACAGGAGCGCGCCCGCCCUCGCGCCGUCGCUAGGCAACGCGGCCCCGCCCACCUCCGGGCAAGCUGAGGGCAGCGGCUUCUCCCAGCUACUGUGCAUGGGCGCGAGGCGCGGGAGCCGGCUCGGCUCGGCUCCCCGCUGCCGGGGAGUGACCCGGCCCCAUGGCCGCUGUGUUUCUCGUCACGCUCUACGAGUACUCGCCGCUCUUCUACAUCACCGUGGUGUUCAUCUGCUUCCUCGUCACCAGCGGGCUAGUGCUGGGCUGGUUUGGUUUGGGUGUUCCUGUUAUUCUGAGAAACUCAGAAGAAACAGAAUCCAGCACAAGAGUCUUGAAAAAGCAGAUGAGACAAGUGAAGAAUCCUUUCGGGUUAGAAAUCCCUCAUUCUGCUACAGCUUCAGUAACAAAGGGUAUUACACUGACACUUGAUUGUCUGGAAGACUGUAUUCUUACGUGCUACUGGGGCUGCAGUGUUCAAAAACUCCACGAAGCAUUGCAGAAACAUGUCUACUGCUUCAGAAUCAAGACCCCUCAGGCCUUUGAGGAUGCUCUGUACAGCGAAUACCUCUAUCGACAACAGUACUUCAUUAAAAAAAAUGACAAGGAAGAAAAAUAUUGUCAGUUACCAGAAGAUGCUCAAGUUGUCAAUUUUGGCCCAGUGCCUAGAUCUCGCUAUCCACUGAUAGCAUUGUUGACGUUAGCUGAUGAAGAAAAUGGAGACAUAUAUGAUAUUAUUUCAAUGGUGACUGUAAUUCAUGUUCCUGAUGAGAGCUACAGACUUUCCUGCAGAAUAUUAUACCGGUAUCUACUUCUGGCUCAAGGUCAAUACCAUGAUCUGAAGCAACUCUUCAUGUCUGCAAAUAGUACUGCACCAUCUUCAAGCGAUCUGGCCCCUGAUGAGAGAAGCACUGACAGAAGCUUGCUAGAAAAGGCUGGACUGGCUGAAGAUGAACCAGAACUGCAUGAAGAAAACAGUAAAGACUGUGUUGUUUGCCAAAACGGCACCGUGAACUGGGUACUUUUACCCUGCAGGCACACGUGCUUGUGUGAUGGCUGCAUUAAGUACUUUCAGCAAUGUCCAAUGUGUAGGCAGUUUGUUCAAGAAUCUUUUCCACUUUGCAGUAAAAAGGAGCAAGAUGAAGGUGAAUCAACCUCCAUCUUGCAAGACGUUCUUCCUAGAAGAGUUUUUUAAUGGGGAAAAAUAAUAGAAUACACCAAGACUAAGUGUAGAAAACAGACUGUUUAUGGGAGGAUGUGUAGCAUUAACUUCUAAGGGUUUGCAUUUUAUUGUUAGGUAGUUUUCAGCUUCCUCAUUUCUCUUUGCUCCAUAUGCUCGCAGGAGCGCUACGCUUCUCCAUGCACUGUGGACAGAAGAAGUGCGUAGGAUAUCUUUGAAGGAUGUGAUUUUAUUUAUAACUUCUUACUAGUUUUUCAUGGAGUACUAUUGGAGGCUAUUUUGAUUACUAAAUUUAGUAUAUCUACUAAAAAAAGAACAAAACUUGCAAGCAAAGUUGCACAUAAGCUCGUUCUGUAUUUAUUGUAUUUAAAGUACUAGAGCUCUACAGAAUUUUUAAAUUUAGAAACAUAGCACUUUACAGAAUGGAUCAAAUGAAGGAAAGUAAAUAUUCUUCAUUGCAAAACCCGUGUCUGUCUAUUUUGGAGAUGAAGGCUGGCCUGUGGCAAGAGCUGGGAUCUGGAGGUGUGAUGCAGGACACUGUUUCUGGCUGCUUUGAAAGAUUUGUAUGUGUGAGAGGCCUUAGCCAAAACCCCUUGGAAUGAGUGAAAAGAUUUUUUUUGUUGAUUAUUGUAGGCUCGAACUAAACAUUGCUGACACUUUCAAGCCUGAGCCUCUGCUGUGGCAUCUCGAAACGCAGACUCUCGGUCGCGUUAGCAAUGGCUGUAAGAACUUGUUCUCCAUGCAAAUGUCGGUUAAUUACUCCACAGAGUGGUCACUUGGGUGGUUUUGUGGUGCCAUUCUCACACAAGCAGCCUGCUUUGGGGAGUUGCCAACUCUUUUUGCUUGCAUUGUCAGCUGGGAUGCAAAGUUAACCAUUUGCCUUUUAUCAAUAGUCCCAGGGAAUUUACUUUCUCUAUUAAAGAAGCUAAAGAAUGGCAGAAAAUAAUUUCUUUUACCCUCCAACGAUGUACUGUUGAAGGCAAUAAAAAUGGC